AUGCCUGAGAUUCUGCCUGUGAAGUUGACGUCCCAGUUGGGGUUUGGAACAAUGUCUAUGACGGCUUGGCCGUCACCCCCGCCUAUUUCUGAAUCGGUUAAGACGCUGAUACAUGUGGCAUCGCACUACACCAAUUUCUUCAAUGGUGGCGAGUUCUACGGGGCAGCCAACGCCAAUCUCAAGUUGCUUAGACAGUUUUUGGAGGAAUACUUGAAGAUAGCUGAGGGUGGUCAUGGAAAGAGACUUGUUUUGAGUGUCAAGGGAGCGUUGGACUCGAAGACCUUCAUUCCCGACGGGUCGAAGGUGAGCAUUGAUACCAGUAUUGCUAACGUAGUAAGUCACUUGAACGAUGUGCGUGACAAGUACCCCAAGGACUGUCGUCCAUUGCUGUUGUACCAAAUGGCUCGAGUUGAUGUUCGCGUUCCCUACACUGAGUCUAUUGGUUACAUCUACGAGCACGUUAAGAACGGAGAUAUAGAUGGCAUUUCGAUCUCGGAGACAGCCGCCAAAACCAUCGAAGCCGCGGCAUCAGUGGCUCCCAUUUCAGUUGCGGAAGUAGAAUUUUCGUUAAUGGUACAGGACAUUAGGCACAAUGGAGUGCUGGAUACAUGCAAGCGACUCGCCAUUCCUAUCAUUGCUUACUCCCCACUGGGGCGGGGACUCCUUACAAAACAGUGCGUCCAAGACCCCAAACGAUUCCUAGAUAGUAUACCGGAAACGGAUCCACGUAAACUUAGGAAACUUGACAGGUACAUGCCGGACAAUUUCUACCACAACGCGAAAUGCCUGGAAGCACUACAAAAGUACGCACAAGAACACCAUGAGGCUGACCUGGAACACUUGGCUCUUGGCUAUAUCGUUAAAAUGUCAGCUUUAAAUUCCACCAAUGGAGAGCCUUCCAUCAUACCGAUACCAUCCGGGUCCACCAUCGAUAAGGUCGAACGCAAUUUCAAGACGAUCCUUCCACUCACCGACGAGGACAUCGAUAAUAUUCACAAAUUGCUGGAUACACACACGAUCAAAGGACUCAGGUACAACACAGAACUCGAACGCAUGUGCUUCUUGUGA